CAUAACAAGCGGUUGCCAUGCAAGAUAAGCCCACAUUUUGGAAGAGUGGGUUUAACAAGAUACCGUUGACAAGCAGAGUGUCUAGAAAAAUAUCAAACAUAGAAAGAACACAUGGAACAAGGCAACAACAGUCGGACACGGACUGUAAUAAUAUCUAAUAGGAUAACCGCUUAAUCAUAUACACACACACAAGCUCUAUACAAGAUAUUGUCAGUACCUAACGGCAGUUAACCAAGCUAUUGUACGAUUAUUACUUCAGUAGAAGAAAAUGUAUCGAUGGAGUUGGUUUGCGUUUUUUCUUGGUACUGCAGUGGCUGAAAUAACCAAUUAUAAACGUGUGUGUUAUUUUACUAGCUGGUCAUCAGGACGACCUGGCUUAGCUAGUUUUACAGUAGCCAAUAUUACAGACCCUUCAAUAUGUACACAUUAUAUUUAUUCUUUUGCUGGAGUAGAAUCUAGUACUAAAACUAUUAUACCACUUGCUGAGACUGAUGAAAAUGGUGGAUAUACAGAAUUAACUUCUAUAAAGAAACUUGUACCGGAAGUGAAGGUUAUGUUGGCAGUAGGUGGAUGGUCUUUUGGAAUUGUACCGUUUACGGAGUUAGCAAACACAUCGGAGAGUAUUGAUGAAUUUUGCGAAAACGCAAUUAAAUAUUUGAGAAAAUGGGAUUUCGAUGGUCUAGAUCUGGAUUGGGAAUACCCUACAGAGCGAGGAGGCGGAAUGGAAGAUAGAGAGAAUUUUGUUAUUUUAUUAAAGAAGCUAAGAAUGAGUUUUGAAGCAGAAGCUAAAGACUCAAAUAAACCAAGGUUACUCCUGUCCUCAGCGGUACCCAUUAUUAAAUAUGUUAUUGACAAAGGCUAUGAUACUAAAAGUAUAGGCCAAUAUGUUGAUUUCCUGAACAUUAUGGUCUAUGAUCUGUAUGGUGGCUGGUCUACUAAAAUAGGACAUCAUGCACCAUUGUAUGCAAGUUCACAAGAAACUGAAGCGGAACAAACAUUAAAUGUGGAUUGGGGUAUGAACUACUGGACUGUGAAUAUUAGCCGAGAGAAAAUAGUAUUAGGCAUGCCUUUAUAUUCCCGUACCUUCAAACUCUACAAUAAUUCACUUACUCAGCCUGGAAGUCCAAUGAAUGGAACUGGCAGUCCUGGUCCAUAUACAGACUCUUCAGGAAUAAUGGCGUUCUUUGAGGUUUGUAAGGUGAUUCAAUCAGGCGAAUAUAACGAAGCAUGGAGUGAAGAACAGAGUGUACCUUAUGCUUAUUCUAAAACUGAUUGGCUGGGUUAUGACAAUGUGAGAAGUGCUAAAUUAAAGGCAAAUUAUGUAAAAGAUCAUCAGUUUGGUGGCAUCAUGGUUUGGGAACUGUCUUUUGAUGAUUUUGGUGGGAGCCAUUGUGAAAUGGGCAAAUUUCCAUUAUUGAACACAUUGAAACAAACUUUAACUUCUGCUAGAGAGGCUUGUGAGCCAGGGUCAUCGGGUCAUCAGAAUAAGAUGGGUUGUAAGCCAUGUCCAAGAAAUACAUAUCAACCUAACAGUGCCGCAACAUCCUGUAACAAAUGUCCUUUAGGAGAAAUAACAAAAGAUGAACAUUCGCAAGGCGAUUAUCAAUGUAUAUUGGACUGUUCAUCUGGUUGGGAGUUCAACUCUGCCAGUAAGAAGUGUACCGAGUGUCCUAUCGGCUAUUACAGACAGAAACCUGAAUCUUGGCACUGUAAAAAAUGCGAGGCCGGCUAUACAACGGUUACGACAGGUAGCAGUGGGUGUGUACAACAACCAGAGGGUUACGUAGCACAAGAAAUCCACACUGUUGAUAUAGAAGUAAACGUUCAGAUAAAGACAACCUCCUGUACGAACAAGGAUCUACUGGAAGCAGCUGUUUUAUCCUCUAUAAAAGCUCAACUAUUAAACAUGUCUGUUGAUUGGUCUGGUAUCUGUACUGAUGAUGAUUGUAGUAAUGUUAUAGUACGGGGAAUGACAGGGUGUGAAACCAGGAGAAAGAGAGAUGUCAGUACAGAUAAAACUCUGAUAGUACAGGUUGUUGUUAAAGGUGUGCCAGAAGAACUUCAUAAUGGCGUGGAGACAAGAAACACUGCUAAUAUGAUAACUGAGGUUUUAAAUAAACGAGAAUAUUUUACUACUCUUGAUUCCUAUAUGCUAACAUAUGAAGGUGCAACAUCAGUGACGUCAAGUGUUGUAUGUAAACAACAAUAUUACUCUCUUCAAAACGAUGUUUGUGCACCAUGUCCAAAUGGUUCAUAUUUCAAUGUGAUGUCAUUGUCAUGUAGUCUGUGUGGUGUUGGUACGUACCAGGAUGACCCGGGUAGCAACUUCUGUAAACUGUGUCCAGGUAUACUGUCUACAAAAUAUGAGGGCUCCAAUAACAUCAAUCAGUGCAUCUCUAAAUGUAUGAUAGACACAGACUAUUGUAAAAACGAUGGCAAGUGUUUGUCUAAUGAUACAAGUGUUACCUGUCAAUGUAUGAAAGAAUUCGACGGAGUGCGGUGUGAAAAAGUUAAAGACAUACCAUUAGAUAAACCAUUAAUAGUUGGUGCGGCUGUUGGUGCUACGGUAGCUGUACUUUUAUUGGCUUUAAUUAUUGUUUCUGCGUGUGCUUGUUGGACAUAUGGGCGACGGUCAAGGAGUUACCCGCAACUGAAGAAAAACGCGAGAUCGUCUAGAUAUGAAAGGGGUCUCAUAGAUGGAGGAAACGUGUCGGUGGUACCCACUUUACGAUCUCUUCCAUCUGACUAUUACCACAAUUACUAUACGUUACGGGCUGUUCCACAGAAUAUGUAUAAAUAUGAUACCGCUAAGUCAAACAAGAGAACGACCAAGAAGGAUUUCAAAUUAUAAGUAAUGUGACAAGUAAUGUCAGUAAUACCGAAAAAGUGAAAUUUUGUGUUUAAAUUUUAUUGUUGAAUAUUGUUCACAUACAAACUAUAUAUAUACACGUAUACUAUAUAUUCAUAAACAAUAACAUGUUCUGUACUGUAAAUAUUCAUAAACUAGAUAAUAUAUUCUGUAUUGUAUUAAAGGCUCGGUGCGUCAUUUGCAUUUUCGAUUAAAUUCAUGCCUUAAUUCACACUAAAUAUGUACUCCGGUGCAUUAAUUAACAAAAUACCAACGCUAGAUAAUCUCCCGGCAUGGAUUUAAACUAGACUCAUCGGGUUUCUCCGCAACCAAUAAUAGAUGGUAGAUUAUGAUAAUGAGCAGCAUAGAUCGAUGGAAUUUUAAUUUAUCAUAACGGAAUUGCACAAUAUUGUAGUUUGCAAAUGAUUGCCACAGCGCUAAAUUGAUGCAUCAAAACUUUACAUAUUCAUAAACUAUAUGUUCUGUGCUUUAAAAAAUAUUCAUUAAAUAAUAUGUUCCAUACAGUAAUAAAUAUUGUGUGUUCGCAUUCACGGUGGACCCUAUGUUUUAAGGAACUAGGGGAACUAACUCUGGGGGUGACGUGUACAAACGGAUGCCAUGUAGGAGAAUUUGUCCUUUAAAUCGAACCAUCCAGUUCAAAUAUUUCGAUUGUACAUCGUUUAAAUGUUCGUAAAACAAUGCAAUAAACAUCGCCUCGAACAAAUAUUUAUAAUAUAUAUUUACUGUACUAUAUAAUAAAUAUUCAUAAACUUAUGCUUUGUACUGCAAUAAAUAUUCAUAAACUAUAAAUGUUCUGUUCUGUAAUAAAUAUUCAUCAAAUAUAAUGUUCUGUACUAUACAUAAAGUAUAAAUAUGUUCUUUCUGUACUGUAACAAAAAUCAUAAAAUAUAUGGUCUGUACAUGAAUUUUAAACCACCUUUAAACACAUGUAUAAUUAAAUAUCUUUCAGUUUUAA